CUUCGCCUUUACUUGUCUCUCUCAAUUUCCCCCCUCUUUAUCCACUCCCCCCACGGCUACACCCCAUUUUCCUCGGAUUUUGCUACAUUUUCGCUCGAUUUUUGCGGUAAAGCUCGGAUAUUUCUACGACUUAGGCCAUUUCGCAACUGGGGUUUUGAUAGGAGGAUCCGAGGUUGCGAUUUGGUGGAGAAUUUGGUACUCCACUUGGUAUGGUUAAUAAUCCCUCUCAGUGGGCUUAAUCAAUACUUGGAGGAUUCGGUCGUCGCUGUUAGAAUUAUAAUUGGUGAAUUCGAGGGAUGGUAUCGAUAAAUCUUGGUGUACUACACUAUGUGUUGGACCACAUAUACGGGACUUUUCUUCACAGGACCAAAUUGGGCACGCCAUUUUUCUCGAAGGGUUGGGGAGGGAGCAAGCUCGAUUUGUUGGAGAGGAUGGUGAAGCAGCUUUUCCCGGAAGCUGAAACGCAGAAUUGGCCGCCCAGCAUUGUUAAGCCUGUGUGGAGAACGGUGUGGGAGACAAAGACCGCAUGCUUGAGAGAGGGCGUCUUUAGGACUCCGUGCGACGAACAGCUAAUCAAUGCUUUGCCUCCCGAGAGUCGCAACGCGAGGGUGGCUCUGCUCGCACCUAAGUUCGUUCCGCCGCAGAAGAUGGCUUGUGUGGUUCACCUUGCAGGGACUGGUGAUCACACUUUUGAGCGGAGGCUGCGGCUUGGUGGUCCACUUUUGAAAGAAAAUAUAGCAACUAUGGUGCUUGAGAGCCCAUUUUAUGGAAACAGACGGCCCAGUUUGCAGCGAGGAGCGAAGCUUCGAUGUGUGAGUGACUUGCUACUUUUAGGAAGAGUCACUAUUGACGAAUCCCGCAGUCUUUUGCAUUGGUUAGAGGCUGAGGCUGGUUAUGGCAAGACAGGCAUAUGUGGGCUCAGCAUGGGGGGCGUACAUGCUGCUAUGGUCGGAUCCUUGCACCCUACUCCGAUCGCUACGCUUCCGUUUCUUGCUCCGCAUUCCGCCGUCGUGGCCUUCUGCGAAGGAGUCUUUCAGUAUUGCACUGCUUGGGAAGCGUUGAGAGAGGAUGCAGCGCAGAAGGCCGGGAUGACUCUCGAGCAAGUUAGAGAGCGGUUGCGGUCGGUGCUGUCGUUGACUGACGUCACUCAAUUCCCAGUACCCAAGAAUCCUCAUGCCGUAAUUUUUGUUUCUGCUACAGACGACGGUUACAUCCCGAAGCAUUCGGUCUUGGAGCUCCAGCGAGCGUGGCCGGGCUCGGAAGUCCGGUGGGUCACCGGCGGCCACGUCUCGUCCUUCCUCCUUCACAACGACGCAUUCCGCAAGGCGAUCGUCGACGCCCUAAACCGGUUAGAGUGGAAGGAAUCAUUACUAUAAACACCAUUUUUGCCCUAAAGUGGCACACAUACUCAUUUGAUUGCUCUGUAAUUUGUUGUGUAUUGAUGUGUUGAAACUGUGCAAUUGAUGAAGUUCUAGAGGAAGCUGAAGGAGCUCGAUAAGCUCGAUCAAACCGUAAUUCGCUGAUUAGAAUCGAAAAGUUGUAAAUCAGAUUUGUGAAAUCAAAAUCUAUUUAUAAUAAAAGAUUUUGAAUUA